GCUAAAGCAGAAGAAGCUUUAAAAAAGGCUUCAGAACAGCAGGAGGCAUGGGAAGCAGCGAAGACCAUGCUGUUAGCAACCCCAAAAAUCGGGAGCAUGGCUGCGACCCAAACGGCCCCGGGAAACAGCCCGGAGGGGGGGGGGAGCGAGCGGGAGGCGGGCGUUCCCCGCCCGAACGCGCGCGCGGACGCGAGCCCGGGUCGCGACCACCCGACACCCCGGGGAGACCCCCCGACCCCUCCGCAGUGCCCGCGGGACUCCCCGACCCCACAGCCCACCUUGCGGGACCCCUUGAACCCCCCGCGGAGCGCGCCCGGCCCCGGCCCGCCCGAGGAGCCCGCCGGGGUCGCGGAGCCGCCGCCCCCUCCCCUCCCCCCACGGCGAACCGCCGAUCUAGGGACGCUGACGGCGGAACAGAACUCGCGUUCGUUCUGGGAAGGUUUAAUGGCAGACGCGCGCCGCGCGGAGAGUAUCGCGGCCGCGGAGUCCGGCAGCGCCGUGCCGGCGGUGGCCGGGGCGCCCGGCGCCAGAGCCGCACCGCCGCCAUACGGGCUUGAAAAUGGCGCGGGCCACGCGGGAGAGGGGCGGGGCCAGCCGCCCAGCGGCGAGAACGGCACGGAGCCGAGAAGGAGCACUGCCGCGCAUGCGCAGGGCAGCGCGGGGGGGCGGACACCCGAACGGGAGCCGCGCCCAGCGGCGCCACCGUACAAGGGGGAGACCCCGCCCCGCAGGGGGCAGGAAACACACGGGGGGCGAGAGCGGCGCCCCCCCCGAGAGGCGGAGCGACACCGCCCACGCGGGGAGGAGCGGGGCCGCUCCAGAGGGGAGGCGCGACUCCACCCCCGAGGGGAGGAGCGGGGGCGGAGCCGCGGGAAAUCGCGGAGCAGACCGGAAACAUACUGGCAUUCAACUUCCGGCUCGGAGACAAGUGAGAGCUCCUCAGUCAGCUCAACCGAGCUUACCGAGUCUGACUGUGACUCGGAAACCGAGAGGGCAGAAUUAACGCGGUUUCAAGCGAAACCGAAUAAAGCUUCGAAUAAAACCGGGAAGCAAACACAACAUAAGCUUACAGACUGGGGCAAAAUAAAGAUAGCAUGUGCAGACUGGGUGGAUAUGACCAGCAUUCACGCUUACCCAGUCAGAAUUACAGGAGCCCAGGGAAAUCAGCAGCGAACCUAUACACCAGUAAAUGUAAAAGAGGUUCAGACAAUAGCAAAAGCAAUUUCAGAAAAGGGGAUCAACUCAGCAGUGGUUACUACUUUGAUAGACGGGCUCUUUAGCAAUGACGAUUUACUUCCCUUCGAUAUUAGACAAAUCGCUCGUAAGAUCUUUGAUGCAGCAGGUAUGAGACUGCACGGGUUUUCCCCUAGCAAGUUGGCCCAGACAUUGGCAAUUUAAAGAAGUCCCACCAGUGAACGGAGUGGGGGGACAAUCCCGAGCGUGGAAGAGCACCCAGCUGGUAGCUAUAACGCUUCACACAAAAGGGGGGCCAGAAAAAACAGUAGCAGUCUAUCCAUACAUCCUGCAGAAUUCUCCACCCCUGUUGGGAAGGGACGUCCUUGCUAUGUUAGGAGUCAGGAUCACAAAUUUAUAAUGAGGGCCACUGCCAUACACCCAGCGCUGCCAAUCAAAAUAACUUGGAAAUCAUCAGACCCCAUAUGGGUCGAGCAGUGGCCCCUAUCUGAGCCUCGAGUGGCAGCCUUA